AUGCUUCCUCCACCGAACGUUAACCUCGCGUUCCUCAAGAACCUCUUGCAGGAAUGUGAGGUGGCCCGCAAGGAAGCCGCCAUCUGGCGUCGCCGCCAAUCUGGGCUGGACAUAUCCGCCGAAGAUGAGGCCUUCUUCGCUGAGCUACGUCUUGCUUCUAUUGCUACUGGUAAAAAGAACGUUGUCGACGACGACGACGAUAAUGAUAAUGAGUCGAAGGGUAUCAUGGUGGGAGUCAAUGUCCCUCAGGAAGGAGAACCUGUUACAGAGAUCACAGCCAAGUUGGACGGCCAAGGUGAAAAGAACGAUGUUGCCGAUUGCAAGGGUGGCUCGGUGAACUCGGUGAGCUCAGUUACGGCGAAACGUGAGGCCGAUAGCCAGAAAGGCGGACCCCCAGCCCAGACCACCACUCCCACGACCGAAAAGUCAACAUCUGAAAAGUCCGAGAGUGCAGACUUUUCUCCCAAAGUCACCACCAACCUCCCAGAGAAGUCCUCAACAAAAACGAGCGACCACCCCCAGGAACCUGAGGGAACCAAGCAUCGCCUCGCAGACGAACCUGAGAAAGAGAACCAGACCGUCGAGCUCCCAGAAGAUUACAAAGCCGAAGAAUCACCGAUCGACAUCGAAGAGUUGAUCAGACAGAAUCCCGAGCUCACCCUGAAGGAGAUCGUCUUCAGCGUCAUCGCCCAAGUUGCCGAACGGGAAGGCGUCGAAGGCACCAAGAACUUCCUAAGGACCCUCCCUCCCGCCGUUCUCGAUCUAUUUGAAGGCGUCGACCCCCUCCCUGGUUCCUUCGGACAACGAUCACAAAGUGACCUCGCAACACCGGUUGCGUCGAAGGAAGCAUCCAAGGCCGACGACGGCACAUCCGACCCUGCUCAAUCGAGCUCCAUCUCCGGCUCCGCAAUGGCCUCCUCCUCGACACUCGCUUCCAAGCCGCUCCUUCCGGAGUACGGCCCUCCCGUCACCGUCGAGGGUGGCCGGAUCAUCUGCAAGGCCCACAGCAAGGGCAUCUGCCGCGCCUGCGGCAUCGACUAUACGGAUGUCAGCCUGCUCGACCAGAGCAUCCGCGGUCUCUCCCUGGGGGAGAUCGAACACACCCUCAACUACCGGGACAAGACCGGUGGGUUCGUGCCCGUCUUCGUCCGCGGCGGUGGCCAGUUCGCUGCCAAGGACGCCGUCGAGAGGGAGACGGAGCACCCCUCGGUCGAGGAGCCGGACCGCCAGCUGGGCGUGGUGUUUGACCUGGCUAAUCUCAAGCGGGUGCAGGUGGUCUUCGGGCCGGUGAGCAGGUUCGUCCCCCAGUGGGACGACGAGGUGAUGGGCCGGGCCAUGCCCCCCUCCCUCGACUACCGCAAGCCGCCCGUCGAGGACGUGCCAAUCGACCAGCUCCAGCUGGUCGACUGCAAGGAGUGCCAGCUCACCUGGCACGGGGGCCACCGAAACCUGGUGGAGAUGGCCGGGUCGCACCCGUCGCACCACUGCCGGUACCUCCCCAUCGCCGGCCCGAGCCGCUCCGUCCUCGUGCACGUGGACGGCGCCUUCACCCCCGCCUGUGCCGGCACCGUCGCAGGUGCCCAUGGCCAAGGCGAGGGAUCUGAGGGGUCCGCCGGCCCGUCCGCGUCGACGGCGGCGCGCGAGGCCCGGGCUGGCAUGGGCGUGUACUUCGCCGAGGGAAGCAAGUACAACCUGUCGGAGGCGUUCGACCGCUCCGUCUUCAAGUUCGCCGACCCCCGCAACGGCAACCACCCGGCCGUGGUGCUGAACCAGGUGACGCCCCAGCUGGCGGCCGUGGUGCGCGCUCUGGCGACGGUGCGCGAGCGCGUGGUGCCCGAGCGCGCCGAGGAGGUGCGGGCGGCGUCGGCGUGCAACAGCCAGCACGCGGCGCGCGGCGCCGAGCGGUUCCGCGUCGUCGUCUGCACCGACUCGCUCGACGUGGUGGACGCCAUGUGCUACCGCCUGUACAACGACUGGUGGCCCAGGGGGCUGAACGAGGGGGUGGUGGCGUCGGCGCGCAAGGCCGAGAAGGCGAAGAACAAGGGGAAGAAGGCGAAGAAGGCCAAGGAGGGGAAGACGCCGGUGCCGGUGCCGCGGGGCCAUGUCUCCUGGGACGACUUUGUCGUCAAGGAGAACAACGGGAAGCUGGUCCUCGUCAGCAAGAGCACGGGCUGCCUCGUGCCCAACUCGGACGGCAUUCUCAAGAUCGCUAGGGAGGUCGCACUCCUCGGCGCCGAGGGCGUCACCGUCUGCUACUAUCUGAUCUCGGCAAAAGAGAACAUCGCCGCCGACCGCCUGGCGAGGGCCGGCAUGAACCUCUGA